AUGGCUGACGCGAACGAACCUGUGACGCGUUCUAACGAAGAUAAUUCGUCUCCCGAUGUGGUAAUACCUGCGGAUACUCAUGAGACAGUAGAAACAGCACCUAUCCAAGAUCCGCCAUCUGGUGCUUCUAGCGAUAAUCCUACAACCGUGGAGAAUCCCACUCCGCAACUGGAUUCCUCGGCACCUCCUGCAGACAUUCUUCAACCUUUACCUCCACAGUUGCCCCGUUGGAUGAACCCACCUCCAAAAUUGCAUGUCCCUGAACGAAGUGAUUAUUCUCAUCUAGAAUUUAAUUGGAAAGUGAAUCCUGCUUCAUAUUUAACACCAAUGGAUAAUACUUUUGUUGAUUAUAAUAUUUUGCUGGAUGGGCAUUCCCAUACUACUUAUUCUGAUGGCCGGAUGAAACCGGAACAACUUGACCACAAUACCAUUGAAGGUGCCCUGGAAGCUCAAAAAAUUGCAAAUGAAAAAUACAAAAAUCAGAUUACCGUAAUUCCAGGAAUGGAAUAUAGGAUACAUAUGCAAUUCAUUGGUAUUCAGUCCAAUCCUUUUGGACCUUUUAAUAAACCCCGUCCUACGAACGAAGAGUUGAAAAAGAUGAUUGAUGAGGUUCAUGAAAUGGGUGGUUUAGUAACCGUAAAUCAUAUUCCCUGGAAUGUUCAUCAUCCAUCUGAGGGUGCAUACGCGUGGACUUUAUUGAAGGCGGCCAAUAGAACUGUUGAAGGUAUUAUGUCAGCACUAAAAGGGAAGGCUACAUCGUUUUUAUUCGAUGCUACAGGAACAAGGCCACGUUACUACCCCGCUGAAAAUAAGGAAUACUUGGCUCUAUUACCGAUAACUGCAUUAGCCAAUGCAUUUACCUCAUUUUAUGAUGAUUAUAGAGGAAUGUAUUCCUUCCAAG